AUGGAUGCUGCGGGAAGGUGGUGCCAUUUGCAGCCUCCUCCGCGAGCGGCUCCAGCUGCAGCAGCCGCCCCGUCCCUGUCCCUGUCCCCCCACCUCAGCGGCUCUCAGGGCCCGGGGGGCUGCUGUCCUUCUCGCCCCGCAAUGAACCCCCCGUCGGCAGCCGGCGAGGACAAGGGGGCUGCAGGCGGCGGCAGCUGCUGCCGAGGAGCCGAGGGCGGAGGGGACACGAGGAGCGCGGCGGCCGCUGCCGAGGAGGAGAUGGGAGUCGCCGGCCAGAAGGAAGAGUCCCUGGAAGAAAAGCUGAGGAACUUAACCUUCAGGAAGCAAGUGUCCUACAGGAAAGCAAUCUCCAGGUCAGGCCUCCAGCAUCUGGCUCCUGUGCACUCCCUCAACAUCGCAAUCUCCAAUGGGCCAGGGAAGGAGCCAAGAACAACACUAGAAUGGAGUGAGAAUGCAGUGAAUGGAGAGCACCUGUGGCUGGAGACUAAUGUCUCUGGGGACCUGUGUUACCUGGGGGAGGACAGUUGCCAAGUCAAAUUUGCAAAAUCGGCUCUCCGACGGAAGUGUGCUGCCUGUAAGAUUGUGGUCCACAAUGCGUGCAUGGAACAGUUAGAGAAGAUUAAUUUCCGGUGCAAACCAACUUUCCGAGAGGGGGGCUCCAGAUCUCCAAGAGAAAACUUUGUCCGACAUCACUGGGUGCAUAGGCGGAGGCAAGAAGGGAAGUGUAAGCAGUGUGGAAAGGGAUUUCAGCAAAAAUUCUCCUUCCACAGUAAAGAGAUUGUGGCCAUCAGUUGUUCCUGGUGCAAGCAGGCGUUUCACAACAAAGUCACCUGCUUCAUGUUACAUCACAUUGAGGAGCCGUGUUCCCUGGGGGCUCAUGCUGCUGUCAUUGUGCCUCCCACCUGGAUCAUUAAGGUGAAGAAAGCUCAGAACUCAUUAAAAACUUCAACCCGGCGGAAGAAGAGAACAUCCUUUAAAAGAAAAGCCAGCAAGAGAAGCAAUGAGGAAAACAAAGGAAGACCAUUUGUGAUAAAGCCCAUCUCUUCGCUGCUCAUGAAACCACUGCUGGUGUUUGUCAAUCCAAAAAGUGGAGGGAAUCAGGGCACUAAGGUUCUCCAGAUGUUCAUGUGGUAUUUGAAUCCACGCCAAGUUUUCGAUCUCUCUCAGGAAGGGCCAAGAGAUGCACUCGAACUGUACAGAAAAGUGCCAAAUCUGCGAAUCCUGGCCUGCGGUGGGGAUGGAACGGUGGGCUGGAUCCUCUCCAUUCUGGAUGAGCUACAGCUCAGCCCCCAGCCUCCUGUUGCUGUCCUUCCCCUUGGCACUGGGAAUGACCUUGCUCGCACCCUCAAUUGGGGAGGGGGUUACACAGAUGAGCCUGUCUCGAAGAUUCUCUGUCACGUAGAAGACGGGACUAUUGUCCAGCUGGAUCGCUGGAACCUCCAGGUGGAACGAAACCCCGAUUUGCCGCAGGAAGAAAUUGAGGAUGGGGCACGUAAGCUUCCACUCAGUGUCUUCAAUAAUUACUUCAGCCUUGGAUUUGAUGCACAUGUCACGCUGGAAUUCCAUGAAUCCCGAGAAGCAAAUCCAGAGAAAUUCAACAGUCGCUUUCGAAAUAAAAUGUUUUAUGCUGGGGCAGCCUUUUCAGACUUCCUGCAGAGAAGUUCCAGAGAUUUAUCCAAACAUGUUAAAGUUGUGUGUGAUGGAACAGACCUGACCCCAAAGAUUCAGGAGCUGAAGUUCCAGUGUAUAGUGUUUUUAAAUAUACCCAGGUAUUGUGCUGGCACAAUGCCCUGGGGUACCCCCAGCGACCACAGAGACUUUGAACCUCAGCGCCAUGAUGAUGGUUACAUUGAGGUCAUUGGGUUCACUAUGGCCUCUCUGGCUGCUCUUCAGGUGGGAGGCCAUGGAGAAAGAUUGCAUCAGUGCCGGGAAGUGACUCUGUUAACAUACAAGUCUAUCCCCAUGCAAGUGGAUGGGGAGCCAUGUCGACUGGCUCCAUCUCUCAUUCGGAUCUCCCUAAGGAACCAGGCCAAUAUGGUGCAGAAGAGCAAGAGGAGAACAUCCAUGCCUUUACUCAAUGAUCCCCACUCCAUCCCAGACCGCCUGCGGAUCCGAGUGAACAGGAUUAGUUUACAAGAUUACGAGGGGCUGCAUUAUGACAAGGAAAAACUGCGAGAAGCCUCCAUACCUCUGGGAAUUAUAGUUAUACGAGGAGAUUGUGACUUGGAGGCCUGUCGUAUGUAUAUUGACCGGCUACAAGAGGACCUGCAGUCGGUAACUUCUACUACGCAGAGAGUUCACUACCAGGAUCAGGAAGGUUCCUUCCCACGAGUACUUUCUGUUCAGAGGCUCUCUCCUAGAUGGUGCUUCCUAGAUGCAACUUCUGCGGAUCGUUUUUACUGCAUUGACAGAUCUCAGGAACAUUUGCACUUUGUGACGGAAAUUUCUCAGGACGAGAUUUUUAUCCUGGACCCAGAGCUGGUGAUAUCACAGCAGGUGGGGACGCCGCCGGGAAUGCCUGAUCUGGUAGUGGAGCAGGCCUCUGGAAUAUCAGAUUGGUGGAACCCUGCAGUCCGAAAGCGGAUGCUGAGUGACAGUGGCCUUGGCAAGAUUUCCCCACACUACGAGGUACCCAACAAACAAAAGGACGCCAGCCAGACACACACGCUGCAGCCACCCGUCUCUUCAGAAGAUCAAGCACUUUUACAAGCAGUAAUAGAUGGUGAUCUUCUAAAGUUCAUAGAAUGCUGUAAGAGAGGAGCUAAUCUGUUAAUCCAGGGACCUGACCGCUGUUCCUUGCUUCACCAUGCUGCCAAGACUGGGCACCUUGAAAUUGUGAAAUACAUCUUAGAACAUGGUCCAUCGGAAUUACUGGAUAUGACAGACAGUGAAACGGGUGAGACAGCGUUGCACAAGGCGGCCUGCCAGCGCCAUCGUGGUAUCUGCCAGCUCUUGGUGGAUGGGGGAGCGUCUCUAAGAAAUACAGAUUCCAAGGGUCAGACACCUAGAGACAAGGCUCAGCAAGCUGGGGACUCAGAUCUGGCCUCCUACCUGGAGAGUCGUCAGAACUACCAGAUGGUUUCCCACGAGGAUCUGGAGACUGCAGUUUGAUGUCCGUGAAGGGGAAGAGAAUCCUAGGAAAUAACAAGGCUGCACCUGAGACACUCAGGCAUUGUAUGAGGAAGAAGCUGAUGGAAUCAACGUGUCUCUCGCUCUCAUGCAAAAUAUCUGAGGACAUGCCACCAGUUUCUAAGGGCUAAUGAGUCUUGCCACGGAACUGUUGUGUUCCCAUGUGAUGGCCCAUUGGGGAUGAGGUGAAACACUCAAAGGUCUGUGGAAUCCAUGGACCACGGAAAUUUACCCUUACUGCUUCCAGCAAGUAGCAUGAACUUCUCCCAUGUUCAUCUGUACAAUUUAUUUAAAAAAAAGAAAAAGGGAGGAAAAAAACCAAACUAACUUGGGCUAGCUGACUAACAUGGCUACCCCUCUGAUACAAACUAACUUGGACAUUAAUAAACCCAACGAACCCCUUCCACCAUUCCUACCGUGCCCUACAUUCCUUCCUCUCCCAUCCUACUCAUUUGUCACCAAUUAAAUAAUAUCUGUUAUCUCUGUAUUAAUUCUUCACAAAUGGACAGGUGAUAGGCAAGACUUUGAGGAGCUCUGGAUGCCCUUAGAAAAAAAUGACUUUUGAACCUGUUCAGUCCUCACCUACUGUUCCCUCAGAAGUUGAAUUCUCAGUGUUGAAUUGCCAGGGAGCUUGUUUUUCUCUUUUGGAACAAAUUCUUUCUACUGCCCUGUUCUGUGGGGUGCUGGAUCCAGCUAGCUUUACAGCACUGACAAGAGCUAGCCUUCUAUCUCUCUGAAUAGAUCUUAAAGGUGUCCUCAUGAAAUGAUAUUCGAGUGGAAGGGAGUUGCUAUGUGACAUUUUGUGUUAUCUUCUGACAGACCACACAGUAACCAAUAAGAUGUCUCAUAUCGCCACUCUGCUGAUAAUGACAGACUGAUUCUGCUCAGGUCUGAAUCCUGCCUAUAAUUAGCCAUUUGGGGCUUCUGUCAAGUUGUGUUUUAAGAUAGGGCAAGAUCAGAGUAUGAUGGAUGCAGUUGUGGUUGACUGACUUACUAGCGCUGCCACUUUGACUUACUGACUCUUACAGUCAUAGAAACCAAAUGUAAAGCAUCAGCUGUCUGUCAAGCAGGAGCGGCGCAAGGGUUUUUGACGCCUUAGGCACAGGGCCGGCUCUCCAGUCCCGCGGCUCCGGUGGACC